GAUGUACUAUCCUCAAAGUACACAUUCUGUACUUUGAUGUGGAGAAACACAAAAAAGCAAAGAUGGUUCUUCUAAUGGGCUUGUGGUUUACUGUUGUGAUUUUUCUCCUCGGCAUUCCCAGAGAUCACUGUGUCCAGAUCAUUGGUGGAAAAGAAUCAGUUCCACAUUCAAGACCUUUUAUGGCCAAGAUCAAAGGCUCGAGUAUUUGUGGGGGAACCCUGAUCAAAUCAAACUGGGUAUUAACAGCAGCUCACUGCAACAUAACAAAAAACACUGAAGUUAUUCUUGGAAUUCAUUCAGAAAAAGACACAACAAAACAAGUUUUCAAAAUUAAUAAGCACAUUCCUCAUCCAUGCUAUGAUUCCGGCACAAGGGAGAAUGACAUUAUGCUUCUUCAGCUUAAUAAACAAGCAAAACUUGACAAGAAUGUCGCUAUCGUCAAGCUUCCUCGGGUGUCUAGUGACCUCAAGGCAGGAACACAGUGUCUGGUAGCUGGUUGGGGGAUUACUAAGAGUGGAAGCAAAACACCAUCAGAUGUCCUCCGUGAAGUUAAUGUUACUGUCAUUGCAAGAAGCAUCUGCAAUGAUCAAAAGCACUAUAAUUCUCGGCUUUUAGUGACAAAGAAUAUGGUCUGUGCUGGUGACAAGAAAGGAGGCAAGGAUGCAUGUUAUGGUGAUUCUGGUGGGCCUUUGAUAUGCAAAGGGGAACAAAGAGGCAUUGUGUCCUGUGGUAUAAAAUGUGGAAUGCCUCAGUAUCCUGGUAUCUACACCCUUCUGACAAAUAAAUAUUCUCAUUGGAUAAAGAGUGUUAUACAAGGCAGCUUAUAGAAUUAUCAUUUGAUGUUGACAUUCUUUUUUAUUAUAUCCAUUCAUUAUGAUUUCUUGGAGACAAUCUUUUCCAGCUUUUUCCCUCCAGAUAUAUUUGACUAGUCACACCACACUCAGCUAGCACAACCAUUGAGCCUGCUGGCUAAAAAUAAUAGUGACUUUCGAUGAAUUCAUCUGGAGGGUAACUGAUCAGUUUGGGUAUUUAGGUUUUCUAUUUAAAUGCAACUUCAUCACAAAGUUUUCUUUUCCUUUAUAAAAGUUAAGCACGAGUUUCUAUAAAUUCUUUCUCUUUAUUUUUCUCUCUCUGUGUGUGUGCGCGCACUUACUCUACUAGAUAAAGUUAUUCCCAUGUUUAUCACAAAUAAAAUGGUAGUAUAUUUCCAGAAAGCAGAAGAAAAU